CUGUCAGAGAAGGCUUUGUCAAGCCUGGGAACCAAGCCGUAAACUGGAUACGACAAAAAAAAAAAAAAAGUCUUCUAUCAAUUUGAGCAAGUCGGAAUAGUGCGGAAAGUGGGAGCUAAAGACCGGUUUAUGUCAGAAGACCGUCGCUGCUGCUGUCCUGUGCUCGCUAUGAAGCUGAUUACCGAGAAAGAAGGAUGAGCACUAAUUUUGCGUUACCCAAACCUUUGAGGCGAUCUGGAAGUCUGCCUGCCUCGAGGACUGUUCGGAUAGUAGUCUUGGGACAAGGCGCGGUUGGAAAAACAGCCAUGACAGUUCGGUUCAUCACCAAGAGAUUCAUCGGGGAAUACGAUCCAACACUCGAAACUAUUUACAGACACGAAGCUGCAAUAGGUGGAGAAGUUGUUCAUUUCGAAAUCUUAGACACUGCUGGUCAGGAAGAAGAUGCCUUACUCAUCGAAGAAAAGAUUAAAUGGGGCGAUGGUUUUGUAAUCGUGUACUCUGUGACGGACAGAUGCAGCUUUGACGAGGUGAUGAGGCUGUGUUUCCUGGUCAACCACAUUCACUCCAACUCCAGGAAAGGGAGCAGCGACCCCCCACCCAUCGUAAUCGUAGCCAAUAAGCGGGAUCUGGAGUUCGACAGGAUGGUCACCACUGAGGACGGAGAGAACCUUUCCAAGGCCCUCAAACACCCAUUCUGUGAGGUCUCCACCAGGGACAGCUACGAGGAAACGGUGGUGGUCUUUCACACGCUUUACAGCGAAAUGCUGAAGCAGCUGAGCUCCUCUCCCACCUCCUUCCGCAGAAGAGCCGUUUCCAAACUGAUGGAUAAAAUCCCAAAGGUCCAUGCUAACUCCACACUGGGGUCCACCGGCAGGAGCUUUAGUUUCAAUUCGUUUAGAGACUUCCUGCCUGAGUAAGUGAGCGUUUUAAUGACCCUUUUCAAAAACAUCAUACAUUAUGGUGACGGAUCAUUACUGAUGGUGAACUAGUUUGCUGGUAAUAACUGCUAUACCGCUUGGAGAGGACUGUCACAAAGUCCCUACGUGUAGCCAGGAUGGAAGAAUUGUAAAAUUUUGGAAAGUAUUUGUGGCAGAUUUUGCUCAAAACAGGGUGGCGGAGUGCACUGCAAGUGGAAUAUAGUGGUGUGCAUACAGUACAGAUUGCUUUGUCUAGUAAGAUGUAUUUGAUUGUAUAGGGCAGGACUGGGCAAUUCAGGUACCUGAUUGCAUGCUUUAUUGUUCAAUAGCACAAGUAAGAACCUGGGAGGAGAACAAAUCUUGUCAUCCCUGGCAUACUGUAGGUACUUUGUGACAAAGACAGUCCUGUUGGAUUUUCACUGACUAUAAAGUUCACUGAUCACUCCAACUGUAUCAUGAGCCAUGAUUAAUAAUUAUGCAUAGCUUAUUUAUUCUCAGUUUCUGUUUUAGAAGGUGACUCACAUUCAUAUUAGGAACAGACCCAUGGGAUACAGCUGGUCAACAAAAGGCCACUUUUGUAAAAUCACUCACCAGAUAGUAAACAGACCCCUCAGUGUAUCAUCAUAAAGUUGGUAUGGUGCUUAUUUUGACACAUGACAAAAAGUAUAAAAAGACAGGAAACUGAUAUAAAGGGGCAAGUAUAACGCCUAAGAAACCUGACGAGUGGAAGUUUACAGCAGGAAAUUUAGAAGAGGCUUAUACAUGAUUCAUGCCAAUAACAGCCAAAAACUGUAACUGCUAUAUACAGUUUUAAAUAUACUGUAUUGGUCAAAUCUAUAAAGGUUAAAAGACAUUUGUGAUUGUUAACAGCAAAUCCUGGAAUGUGAGGGAAAAUAAAAGGCAGCCCAGCAAAAUCACUUGAUAACAAUAUCUAUGUUUAUGUAGCAGUGGGCUGACAGUCAUAAAAUCCUUUGCAAAAUACUGUGAGGGAAUUGUCCUUCAAUAUAUUGUACUAUUAAUGUGUAGUUUUUUUUUUUAUUAUUGUAGUUCUUCUUUAUAUCCUGCUGUAGGUUCUGUACGGUUUCUGCUUUUUUUCCAAGUUUUUUUUUUUUACCAGGUUUGCUAACUUCCAACCACAAUUUAUAUUUAGUUAGUUACAGUUGUCAUAGUUGCAGAGGGGGCCAAAAUAACUGCUGCACACCCAUACUGAUAAUUUCUGAAACAUUGAGAAAUUCUGCUUUUAGAAGUGGUUAAAUGAAGUUAGUUUCAUAGGAAUGGUUAGAAUGGUAAAUAAUAAUAAUCCAAGCAGAAACACAAAUAUGAAAUAAUAUUAUAAUAGGAUGUCAAACAGAUACAAAAAUGUAUAUAAAAAAUAAUUACAGGUUUUAUAGAAUUACAGAACAUUGUAUUAAGCAUGAAACUCUUAAAGAAACCAACAAUGUUAUAGUUUCCUGAUUAUCAAACUUUAUUUAUUUCAUAAAAAUAGACUUUAUUCAACUCUCUCAAGUUUUGUAAACAUGUUUCUUUGGUUGAAGUAGGGUGCUGGAGACAAUGCAUUUGCUGGAUUAUUUGUUAAAUUUAUUUUAAAAUAAAGAUUAC